AUGCAACCAAAUGAGGUGACGGUGGUCGCCGUCCUCGCUGCUUGUGCCGACCUCGGAGAGCUCGAUUUGGUGAAGCGAAUCCAUGCGUUCGCAGUGCAAUGCUCACUCCACAAGGACAAUGUGCGCAUUUGCAAUAUGCUGAUCGACAUGUACAUCAGAUAUGGGUGUGAUACGCGCCCAGCAGUGCUCGGCAUCUCCUGGCACAACCUGACCUCUCCCUCUCGGUGUGUUGCUGUCGCGUCGCCGCCGGCCGAGCUAUUCUCCUCAGUCCUACUUCUCCGGCCAACUUCUCCUCUCGGACUUGCGAUCCCCUCAUUUCUUUCCUCACCGGCGCACAUCUUCGACCAGGGGCAGAGCCGAGCCCUAGCCUCGCCUUCUUCUGGUUUUCUUGCGUUGUGCCCUAGGUUUUCUCUUGCUGUUGGAUCCGAACAAAACAGUAGUGAGUAUCAGACAGGAGCAAGCAGUGACGAGUUCUUCUUGUGUCUCUGCUUGAUAGUGCCGAAGACAAUACCGAGCUGUGUUUUAGCCGGAUCUUGGAGGGUACUAGAAUUCCAGAAGAGGAUAAAUUGCUGUGGGGUUUUUUCUUAG